UGGUUCAAAGACCCCUGCUAGUUAUUUUUGAUUCUUCGUUGGGAAUAUAUCGUCGUAUGGUGUGGUAGAACUGAAAUGUGCAAGUCGGUAGUCGCAGAGCUGACGCUAGUUCUUUUUUCACGGCGAUAUUCGACUCAAGGUUGAGUCACCAAAAUGACCAACUCAAAGGGUUACCGUAGAGGAACCAGAGACCUGUUUUCACGGAAGUUCCGAAAACAUGGCACGAUACCAUUAUCGACGUACAUGAAAGUGUACAAAGUCGGCGAUAUUGUCGAUAUCAAGGGCAACGGGGCAGUCCAAAAAGGAAUGCCCUAUAAGGUUUACCAUGGAAAAACUGGCCGUGUUUUCAACGUAACUCCACAUGCUCUUGGAGUCAUUGUCAAUAAACGAGUCAGGGGAAGAAUCAUCGCAAAACGAAUCAACAUCCGAAUAGAACAUUUGACUCAUUCCAAGUGCCGCGAAGAUUUCAUCAAACGAGUGAAGGAGAAUGAGAGGCUCCGAAAAGAAGCCAAGGAAAAGAACAUUAGAGUCCAACUCAAAAGGCAACCAGCACAACCGAGCGAGGCUCAUAUUGUCUCAGGACGUGAAGCACCCACGCUUCUUGCGCCAAUCCCCUAUGAAUUCAUCGCUUAAGUGGAAUCAAUAAACAUUAUAUUCUAUAA